UUGUAGUUAUUCUAAUUAUGGUUAUCACCAUUGGCAUUAUGCUCUACUACCGAUCACGGAAACAGCAAGUUCAAGUAAUUGCAUUGCCAAUGAAAGACACAAAGCCAUUUCGAAGAGGAGAACCCAUGAACAUCAAUCCGACAUUGUGCCUCAGUGAACAAGCAGAUCUUUUGCCAUAUGACGAGCACUGGGAAUUCCCAGCAGAGAUGCUUCGACUAGGGGAGGUGCUUGGCCAGGGGGCUUUUGGGAUCGUCAUCAAGGCCGUGGCUCGGGGCAUCAGGCCCUCCGAGCCUGAAACAACAGUUGCUGUGAAAAAAAGCAAGCCUCACUCUGACCUCGUACAUUUCAAGGUGCUUAUGAAGGAAAUAAAGAUGAUUACUCACCUUGGAAAGCACCUAAAUGUGGUGAAUUUCCUUGGAGCGUGUUCAGAAAAUAUGGCCAAA